AAGUUGACUCUUUUGAUGUUUUACGGUACUCCACCUUUUAAUCUCAGGGUCACAGCUUUUGCAACUGUCAUCUACAGGUCCUUUGAAUGUGGUUUGGCAUUAUUCCCCUUAAUGCCAUGCCCAAUAGCUUAGCCUGGAAAGAUUGUUUACACAUGAGUUCAUGAGGAGUUUGUCUAGUAGGGUCAUUUAUUUUGUGUACCCCAAUAAAAAGCUUAAAUUUAAGAUUUUUGAACAAAUUAAAACAUCAGGGUUUGAUCUACAUCCUUGAGCUGUUCUGUUGGUAAAUCUAUACUUAUGUUUGAAAUUUUUACUAAAGAUGAUUCUUGUUAGAUCCUGAAUUUCAAAGUUCAUGCAAGCAUUGCUUAGAAGCAUUUUCCUGGAGAAUAUACAAGCUAUUCUUGGCCUUUGUUGACUCAGAAGAUGAGUCCGAGUAUACCAGGUCUUGAUGUUAUGCAUAGAGUUGAAACCCUUUUGAACCCAUAUUUUUGUUGAGGUGUAUAUUGUGAAACUGUCAUCUAAGCUGGUUAAUAGAGGAACUGCCAUUAAUCAGAAGGCAACAUGUUCAUUAGUUUGCUUUGAUCACUUUCAAGUAUGAGAAGGCGACUUCUUGUAUUGCAAUUGUGGUAGAAAAUAAAGUUUGACGAGUAGCUUUUUCACAUGAUUGCUAUUUAUGAUAAAGAAAAAGUUUUAUUAAUGACUAUAAGCAGAGGUUACUAGAACACUGAUGACGCAUUCCUAAAGCUCGGAAAAAGUACUAUAAGAAACUCCAAUCACUCCUACGAAGAUUUACAAAGAUUUCCUAACCCAUAAUCCAAAAAUAAAUCAUUAGCUUUUGACCAAAUCAAGGCAAAGUACUCGACUCUCUUCUGAACUGCAUCUAACCGAAGAAAUCUCUCCGUAGACAUUCUUCUAUUUCUCUCUAUCCAAAUGGCCAAAGAAUGACAAAGAUGCAGUGUCACCAAAAAUGACCAAGUUGGCUCUUAGAUCCAAGACCCAAAUAUCUCAUUUGAUGGAAGGCUCCAAUUGUCGAAGGUUCCAUCCAAGACUCCAACGAUGCUAAAUAAUUUGCUCCAAAUAUCCUUUGCAAAGUUGCGUAAGUGAUCAUUAUCUUUCAGGUUUUUAGAACACAUUAUGCACCAUUGUGGAUUAAUAUAAGAUUGAGGGCGCCUUUUUGAAGAUUCACCAAGAUGUUGAGUUUGCCCAAAGCCACGAGCCACGAGAAAUCUCUAACUUCAAAGGAAAUCUUAGCUCUCUAAAUCACUUUGACUGAAGGAAAAUGAGGUGGAAUAUGAGGAUACAAAGAUAAAAUAAAACGAAAGAAGCACAUGAGAUUUUUUUUAAAAAAAGUCAAGAUUUUAAAUCCUCUUAUCUGGGUUUGAGGGAUGAAAGCUUUCUAGAAUGGAGAAGUUCAAUAACAGAUUCGUAAUCUCUUUCAAGAGGGUCAUGUUUGGAGAAAAUAGACUAAUAAAUGUGGCCUUUAUCAUAUGAGACAUAAAAAGAGGCAACAGCAGCAUUAAGUCUCAUAUGCAUAUUAGGAAAGAUGAUUUGAAGAGGUUGGUCGUUGAAGAAAAUUACUAAUGUCACGGUAUGCGACACCUAGCAGUGUUACGACUCAUCUCACGGACAUCACAAUGUAAAUUGUUCACUUGAUAAAAAUUUAGUUUAUCGUAGUAAUUCAAGUUUUCUGAAAAAUAUAUUUUAAUCAAAAUUUAUAAUAGAACUUUUAUCGUAGAGUAUACUUAAGUGCUCUCAGUGUGAGGUUCUUGGGGUCUGCAUGAAUUGGCUCAAGACUUGCACAACAUAAGCUAGAUCUAGUCUAGUGUUGGUUAAGUAGUUGAGUUUGCCUACUAUACUUCUAUAAAGUGUUAGGAUUGUCCAGUAGGGUACCUUCUUGAGCAGAUAGUUUGAGAUUUAUAGGCAAGGGUGUUGUGUUCUCCUUUCUGUUGAAUUCAACCUCAUCAAUAAUUCCUUAGUAAACUUAUUCUGUGAUAGAGUGAUGCCAUUAGGAAAAUAGUUAACCUCUAUUCCUAAGAAGAAGUGCAAUCUUCCUAAGUCUUUUAUACUAAAGGAAUUUUGUUAAAAAGCCUUAGUUUCCUCAAUUUUUUGAUGGUUGUUGCCAGUCAAUAUAAUGUCAUCUACAUAUAUAGCUAAGAUGGUGAUGUGAUGACCUUGUUUCUUGAUGAAAAGGGAAUAAUCAUUCCUUGAUUGAGAAUAACCUUGUAAUGAUAAUUUUUGUGUUAAUUUUGCAAACCAUUGCCUAGAUGCUUGCUUAAGUCCAUAUAAGGAUUUCUUAAGCUUGCAUACUUUUCCUUUUGCCUUAGCGUAUCUUGGUGGAGGAUCUAUGUACACCUCUUCUUUAAGCUCUCCAUGCAAAAAGGCAUUGUUGACAUCUAAUUACUAUAGGGUCCAUUUUCUGUGGGCUGCUACUGAAAUUAGGCACCUAAUGGUUCUACUGGUGAAAAAGUUUCUUCAUAAUCUGUACCAAAUUUUUGGUUGUACCCUUUUGCAACCAAUCUAGCCUAGAAUCUCUCAAGACUCCCAUCUGAUUUGUAUUUCAUUUUGUAGACCCAUUUACAGCCUAUUGCUUUCUUUUCUGUAGGCAAUGUUACUAAAUCCCAUGUUUUAUUUCGUUCUAAUGCGUUGAUCUCUUUGUCCAUUGCUAUUUGCCAAGCUGAAUUCUUUAUGGCUUCUUUGUAGUUUUUAGGUUCUUGAUGUGUGUUAUUCUAUUGAUUUUGUGAGUACUUACUCAUUGUUUUGCUUUCUACUAUGCCACACCAAUGUUGGCUAUUAUUGUAAUAGUAAUCAGUGAGGUGUGCAGGAGGUCUGCAUACUCUUUGUGACCUUUUGAUAUUAUCUAUAUUUGGUGAAUGCUCAUGUUCUGUAUUACACCUUUGCUCUUCUGAAGUCUCUGUUUGUUCUAACGCAUUUCCUGUUUCCUCUGUAUGCUCAUGUGUGACAGAGGUAAGGUCUAUGUCUUGGUCAGUAAGAUAGGGAUAUAUUUCCCAAUCUUGACCAGGGCUAUCAAUAUUAUUAACGCAUUCAAUUAGAUUUUCUGGGGUUAGGUUUUUGGGGUUAAACCGGGUCAAAGAUGUGGGGUAGGUAAAGAAACGGGUAGUUUUAGUUGGAAAUUAUGUUUGAGCAAUUCGGACUGUGGGCUUAAAACAUGUAGUGAAACUUUUAGUUAUUAUGGUUAAAAAUACAUGCCAAUAAGAGUGAUUGCGACAUCUUUUUUAAGGAAAAAAAUUGUUGUUAUGGUUAAAAUAUUAACUUAAUAUCUAUCAAAUAACAAAUUGAAAGCAUUUAAAAAAAAUUGUGCCACGUAGAAAAAAAAAAAAAAAAAGAACUCAAUUUUUUUUUUUAAAUAAGGACAAGUACAACUGAAUAACUACUUUCUAUAUCCUGGUCACUCUCCAAGUGCCCCCUUUGAAUUGACGACCAUGACAAGCUGAUUUUAAUUUUUUAUUCUAAUCUCCAUGAAAUAUCUAGAAAUAUAGUUUAGUAUUUCAGUUCAAUAUGUCCCCACAAAAGUACCUUAAUAAAGUUUUAUGAUUUAUUUAUUAUAAUUUCACUCACUUAAAAAGUGUCACUACGUUAUUAGACUUUACCCCACUUGUAUUAAAACAGCUGGGACCAAUUCAAACCUUUUGAAGAUUGGAACCUCAGUCGAACUCCCCCUUCCAUUACCAUUUUCAUUAUCAACCUUACAACCACCAAGGCACCAGCUGUAUCCUUUGUAUCCUCCGUGUUUACGGUUUUCCCUUAGAUUUCGACAAAAAUGAAGUACACCACUUUUCUUAGUGUUCAUUAUAUCCAUAGGUAUAUAUAUCCCCUUAUUUGUGUUCAUAUUUUAUCCAACACUAAACUACUUAUAACUACACAAUCCAAUUUACAUCACAUACAACAACAAAUUGUCCAACACUAUUACUGCUAUCAUACACAAAGCCAAAUUUUGAUUAUAUCUGUAAACUAAUUGUCCUUCGCACACACAUAGUUCAGCUACUAUCAUACAUCACACUCAUCAUUUUCCAAGAAGAAAUUCAACUUCGUCCACACAUAACUCAACCUUAUAAAGAUACUUAUAUUUGAAGAUAUGGAUAUCUUUUAUAAUAACUAUGGAUCACCAUAUGAAGGUAUGAGCCCCCCUUCAACAGAUGAAGAGGGGCUCAUGCUGGCAUCAGAGAACCCGAAGAAACGAGCGGGUAGAAAAAAGUUUAAGGAGACACGACACCCAGUUUACAGAGGUAUCCGUCAGAGAAACUCAGGUAAGUGGGUUUGUGAAGUCCGUGAGCCUAAUAAAAAAACUCGAAUAUGGCUGGGGACAUUUCCCAAGGCUGAGAUGGCUGCACGGGCCCAUGAUGUGGCGGCCAUGGCUCUGCGUGGCCGUAACGGCGCGUGUCUCAACUUUGCAGACUCUGCGUGGCGACUGCGUGUUCCUAGCUCUACUGAUACUAAGGAUAUUCAGCGUGCUGCGGCUGAGGCGGCAGAGUGUUUUAGGCCUCAACCACCUGCUGUGGAGGGGGAGACGGUGGUUGGCAUGGAGGCGCAACCGACCGCGAACACCAGUGGUGGUGGUGAGAAUGUUUAUUACAUGGACGAUGAGUGUGGUACACCGGGGUUUUUAGCUGAUAUGUAUCAAGGUAUGGGAAUGCUACCCCCUCCAAAUUUAACUGGUUGGAGCAACAGUUACGAUGACGAAGAUAUGGGUUAUGGAGGUGGUGAUUUGCCAUUAUGGAGUUAUUCUAUAUAAUUAUGAAAGUUAAUUACGAUUAGUGUAUUGAGUUUAGGUUAUUGUACUUUAAUUUGUAAAAAGAAGAUAAUUUCUCUGUUUAUAAUUAAUGAUUAGUGUAUUAUUAAUUAAAACAAACAUAUAUUUGUUUGUUUUAAUUAAAAACAACAGAGUAUUUUAUUGGGAAGUGAAGUACUCUGUUGUUAGUUGGCCUUAACCGAAUUUUUGUGGGUACGGCAAGUAAUCAGUUAUUUAGUAUACUCUGUAAAGUUAAGAAAAAAAAAAAAAAAAUUCAAUUUGUUCAAAGGGUAAUUGGAAAUUUGGAAUAUCCUUAUGAUA